AUGGUGAGCCCGCCUUCCUGGCUUCCAUCGCGAAGGCCCAUGUCAUAUCGCUUCUUGAUCUCUCCUGACGUGUGGUGUCGCAAUGUAGGCUACUGGUCUGCCGCCAGGCUGGGAGGUCCGCCACUCCAACAGCAAGAAUCUCCCUUACUAUUUCAAUCCGACCACCAAGGAGUCGCGAUGGGAGCCUCCGCCACAGACCGACAGUGAGACGCUGAAGCACUACAUGGGCCAGUACCACACGGCUAACCUCCGACCUGACACUGCCGCCAACUCAAACCUUGAUGGCAAGAUCCGCUGUGCCCAUCUCCUGGUCAAGCACGCGGGCUCGCGCAGACCGUCGUCCUGGCGCGAGGCCGACAUCACUCGUUCCAAGGACGAAGCCUUCAACAUCAUUCGCGGCUACGACGCCAAGAUCAAGAAUGGAGAGACGAGCCUCGGUGACCUGGCCGUGACGGAGAGUGACUGCAGCUCUGCGAGGAAGCGAGGUGAUUUGUACGUCAAUCCCGUUCUACCAUCCGUCUCGACAUCAUCCGUGCAAUGCUGCACCACGGUUUCGGCCGACUACGAUACACACCCUCGAGCACAACGUUCGAUCUGCUGACUCUUUUCAUCCAGGGGCUUCUUCGGGAAGGGCGACAUGCAGAGCGAGUUCGAGCAGGCGUCAUUCGCACUGAAGCCGGGAGAAGUUUCGCAGAUCAUCGAGACGCAAUCCGGACUUCAUAUCAUCGAGAGGUAAGCAACAUCACAUGUGGAUGAUGGAUCCCGUCCGGUUCCGAUUUCACGUGGCACGAUGACGCGCGUUCACACCUAGCGCGUGCAGCCCUUUUGUCGCCGCACGUUUGCAUGCGACCGAACAUUCCAAUCGCUAAUUGUCUUUGUUUAGGCUGGAGUGA